AUGUUUCGAUUUCUUAAUAAAACAAUACUGUACCAGACGUCAUCACGUUUAAUGCCGGCUGUUGUAAUUCCGUUUUUUAAUUCAAAUAAUGAAAACGACUAUGAUAUGCUUUCUCCAAAAGAAGAAAAGGUUUCUCAAACUGGAUGGAACAGAGUUCAAUGCAUGUUUAAAACGAAUGAUUAUCAUGAACUAUCCAUAGAACUACACAAUGUACUCCAAACGUCAUUGAUGGGUGUCUUUUUUGGUGUAUGUUAUGGAGGAUUUACUAAGUCUAGAGAUGCUUACAUUUAUUUUAUAGAAAAUAAUCAAGCAACAUCCUUCAAAUCUAACUUUGACGCCAAGAGAAAAUUGCAAGAUUAUGUUACAAUAGCUUUUGCUAGGGGAGCAUAUCGAUGGGGUUGGAAACUAGGUAUUUUCAGCGGUAUUUACAGUUUAAUAGCAACAACAAUAUCAGUAUAUAGAGAUAAAAACUCUGUGUUGGAGUAUAUUGCAGCUGGUGCUAUAACGGGUUCUCUCUACAAGGCGAACUUGGGUUUAGCAGCAAGUAUAGUUGGAGCUGGAUUAGGUGCAGCAUUAGGUGUUGUUGGUGGACUAUUAAUAGUAGGAAUGUUAAAAGUAAGUGGAGUGUCGAUGGAUGAUAUAAGAAGAUCACUGUACUCAAUUAAAGAGUCAAGGGAGAAAUACUACAAUAAAGGCUAUGAAGAUACUGCAGAAGAGAAAAAUGAUAAUUUAACUAGACAUCAUGAUGUAUUAGUGGAAACUAAAGGACCGAAGGAUUUAGAUCAAAUUGCAUAA